CAGUAAGAGGAACAUCCCUCAGUCGUCGAAGUAAUACGACAUUCUGUCUGCAAAGCCCACUUCCGAGAAUGGGCAUGAAAAAUGGUGUCGAAAGAGCGUCGUCGGUUUGCUGCUGUUUGUCUACGUCGGUCGCACAUUGGAUUCUUUGCUUUUGGCUCUCUUCGUAAACAUUCGUGACGAUGCGCCCGGUGGCAACAUUUAACGCGUCGAGGUGCUCGUUGCUAUCAUGCCCUCAACGCAUACCUCCAUCCUUUGUCGCGCUGAGAUGCGCGCUUCCAGUCCUUGCUCGCCGUGCUAACAGUUCUACUACUGAUGAACGAACAGUCAACCAGAGUGUAGCGUUACUUGACUCUAUAAUGGGGUCUUCCUCGACCCUCGACUUGAAGACUUCAUCACUGUCAGAUAUAUUAUCUCCCCCCACUCCCCCAACCCAGAAUUCAACUCCAGACCCUUCACAAAUGCUCAUUCCGCCAGCAUCCGACCCCCUUCUUCAUUUCCUCGCAUCUUCCCUGCUUAAUCACGGAAAACGUGCGAGAGCAGACCGCGUCGUCUCCCGCACACUCCUUUAUAUUCACGCUCUUACCCGCGCGCCGCCGCUACCUAUCCUCCGCCAUGCCCUCAUCACUGCUUCCCCUGCUGUCAAGUGCAUAUCACAGAAGCGCUCAGGAAAGAACGUUGUGAGACCUGCCGCACUUACAGAAAAACAGCGCAUAAGGGCGGGUAUUCAUGCUGUAUUGGCUGCUAGCAAAAACAAAAGUGGCAAGACGGUAGAGGAGCGUUUAGCCCGAGAGAUUAUUGCAGUUGUUAAUGGAGACAGCAAAGCUAUUGCUGACAAGGAGCUGGCACACAAACAAGCCAUGGUCAAUAGGGGCAACGCGCUCGCCAAGUGAGGACUUGCAUGUUUACCGUAUUCUCCCUUCCUGUAAUGGAUCGCCGAAUUCA